AUGAAUUUGCCAUGUAAAAUUUUAGCUACCUUCUUUCUGAUUUGCAACUUGUCCACCAAAGGUACAGUUUCUGAAGAGGCUACGAUCGUCUGGGGUGCCCUGGGUUACGACAUCAACCUGAACAUUCCUGGUUUCCAGGUGACUGAUGAUAUAGAUGAUAUACGAUGGCUCAGAAAAGAAGACAAAAUCAAGGUUGCACAAUUCCGAAAUGGCAGCAGCAUCAACAAAUUGCCAAAAUAUGACAUAUUCCGAAAUGGAACUCUGAACAUUAAAAAUCUGAUGAAAAAUUCUAACUGCAUCUAUGAAGUAGAGGUAUAUCAUGAAAAUGGAAAACACGUACUGGAUCGUACUAUUGAUUUGAGGAUUUUAGAGAUGGUCUCAGUACCAAAUAUUACCUGGAGCUGUGCCAACAAAACUCUGAGCUGUGAGGUCACGAAGGGAGAUAAUCCUGAACUACAACUGCUUCAGAAUGGAAACAGUAUCAUAAAAAGCAAUCAGACCAUCAUCACACACACCUGGAGCAUCAGACAGACACCAUCAUUCACGUGCAUGGCCAGCAACAAAGUCAGUAAGGAAAUCUUUGAGGUCAACAUUACGUGCACAGAGGAAGGUCUGAAUAUCUAUCUCAUGAGCACCAUCAUUGGAGGAGGAGUUCUCUUUUUCAUCUUUGUGGCGCUGCUCAUUUUCUACAUCAGCAAAAAGAAAAAACAAGGCAGUGGGAGAAAUGAUGAGGAAGUGGAGAUAAGAGCUCACAAAAUGACCACUGAAGAAAGGGUCCGGAAGUCCCACCACAAUCCAGGCUCCACUUCUCAAACCCCAGCAGUUUCCCAACCUCCUCCACCACCUGGCCAUCGUUCCCAGGCACCUGAUCAUUACCCCAGGCCUGUUGGCCACCAAGCCCAGCGCCGCCAGCAGACUAGACCUAAUCCUCCUCCAACAGGGACACAAGUUCACCAGCAGAAGGGCCCACCCCUCCCCAGACCUCGAGUUCAACAGAAACACCCCCCUGGGGCUACAGAAUACUCAUAA